AUGGCUAUUCCAAACCAACAUUAUGAAGUCGCCAUUUCUGGAGGGGGCAUAGCUGGCGUUACGCUCGCUUUGAUGCUCGAGAAACUCAAGAUCAGCUACAUUCUUUUCGAGGGUCGUGACACCCUCGAGUCGGACAGAGGCGCCGGUAUUGGUCUACAGCCAAACGGAAUGCGCAUUCUUGACCAGCUAGGCCUCGUGGAAGACAUCGAGCAGGCUACUAUACCCCUCAGAAGGUGGUUCUCCUAUGACAGUGAGGGAAACAUGAUGUCUGAUUCUAGCGUCAUGGGACAGUACCGCGAGAAGAUCGGAUACCCCGUCACCUUUAUAGAACGACCAAAACUUCUUCCAAUCAUGGUGCACCGCAUACAGCAUAUAGAAUGCGUCAGGACGUCGGCACGUGUGAUCUCAAUCGAAGAGACUGAUAACCAUGUCGUUAUUACGACUUCUAGUGGUCUAUCCGCCACGGCGGACAUGGUUGUCGGGGCGGACGGCAUACGCAGUGUCGUACGAGACCAUAUCGACUCCUCGUUACCCGAGAAGAUUGGCUCUGCAGAUGAUUACAUCGGCAUCGGCUUCUCCACCGUCUACGGAAUGUCGUCGCCUACCGAGGGCAUUGCCCCUGGCGAGAGGUUUGCCGUUUAUCGAGAACAGGAGACCAUCAUCGGCUUCACGGGUAAGGACGGUGUUGUGUUCUGGUUCGUCUUUGAGAACCUCAACAAGAACAUCCCGCUCUCUCAUGCGCCGCGAUACACUGAGGCUGAGGCCGAAGCACUCUGCCAGGCCGUCGCCCAUGUCCGAGUUACACCACUGCUCAAGUUCGGAGACCUCUUCAAGAACCGAGUCGUGGCUGUUAAGAUUGCGGUUGAGGAAGGCGUGGCAAAAGGAUGGCACACGGACCGUGCCGUCAUCGUCGGCGACGCGGCCUGCAAGACGACCCCAGCAGGUGGCCAAGGUGCCAACCAGGCCAUAGAGUCGUGCGCCGUCUUGGUCAACAAGCUGAUGGAGGCUCGAAAGGCAUCUGUGCCUGGUGAGAAGCUAUCGCGCGAGGCUGUCAAGUCCGCCUUGGCUAGUUAUGCCCAGGUGCGAGCGCAGUCAGCUGCCAUGAUCUCGGAGAGGUCUCAGAUGGUCUGCAGUGCACUGCUUUGCAUUCCGGGACCAGCCGCUGCCAUGGUCAAGGGCAUGGUGAACCUAAGCGAUGAAGAUUGGCUUCUGCGCGCGUUCAUGGCACUGUCGACCGCGCCGGUGCUGGAGGAUAUUGAGCUUACUGCUCGAGGACACCUCUACAACAAGACAGUAAAGGCGGCGCAGGUCGAGACGGAAAGGCGCCGUAGCGCAACUAGCGCAGCGGUAGGAGUGGAACAGAAAAGAAAAAUUGGAACACCGACUAAUGAGCAAAGCGAGAUUCAGGACCUUGUCGGCCUGGUGCAAGAGGCGAACAAAUUGGUGGAAGUAUCUUAG